AUGAAUCAGCGAAGGCGUUUGUCACCUUACUCGUUGCUUGUCAUUGCUCCAAAUAGGAGUAGCUUAAUAAACUUGGAAGAUGAAAUACUUAAUAAUAUUAUACGAUGCCACAAAGGAAAUGAAUUAGAAAAUGAAUUAAGUAAUAUAAGCUUUUCACACUAUCGUUGUGCAGCUCAUGUUAUCAAUUUAGCUGUUCAACAAGGACUAAAAGCAAUAGGGCCUGAAAUAAAAAAACUUCGUCAUUGGGUUAAUAAGUUGAAAGAAUCUCCACGUUUAACUGAUGAAAUGCGCAAAAUUUGUAUGUCAAAAAAUAUUAGUUAUUUGGCACCAAUAAUUGAUGUUAGUACGAGAUGGAACUCUACAUACUUGAUGAUCCAACGGCAAUUAAAAAAUAAAAAUCUGAAUGAUAUUCUAGUUUCUAAUAAUCAGCAGACUUUAAAAGAAAUUUAUCCUAGUGAAAAUGAAUGGGCCCAAUUGCAUAAUCUUGAGCAAAUUCUUCAGCCAAUGUAUGAAGCUACGCAACUAUUAUCAUCAUCAAAAAAUCCAACAAUUGGUGAUAUGCGUCUGAAAAUUGAUUGGGAAUUAGUCUUAGAUGAAGCUUCAAUGUUAUCAACAGUUCUUGAUCCUCGAUCCAAACUAACAACCUUUACCAUUGAACAACAAAAUAUUAUUAAACAAAAAUUAUAUUCAACUUUUAUUGCAUACCAAUCUACAGAUGAUAUUAAAAUAGAUUCUAGUCAACAACCUUUAUCACGUUUAUACUUUCGAAAUAUUUUAAAUAAGAAAUUACAAUAUAUUCCAAAUGAUGAAAUAUCUUAUUACUUAAAUAAUCCUCCCGAAUUUAAUACAAAUCCAUUACUAUGGUGGAAUACUCAUCAACUUGAAUAUCCAACAUUGUCAAAAAUAGCCCGGGACUAUCUUUGUAUACAAGCUACUAGUGUAGCAUCUGAGCAGGAGUUUUCUUUAGCUGGUCUUACUAUUAGUAAAACUCGAACACGAUUACUACCAGAGACUGCUAGAGCUAGUUUAUGUUUAAAAGACUGGAUUACAG